GAGAGGUAGGAGGGUUUGGGUGAGUUUUGCUGUGAGAGAAUGGACGGUUCUCCGGAAACGAAUCGGGUCACCGCCGCCGCCUCAUCGCCGCCGCAAUCGUCGUCUCCGGCUGUGCAAGAGUCGCCGUUUUCGAAUUUUCUUAGCAAUCUCACUCCUAUCAAUACGGUGAAGAGUGACAGUUAUUCGCAGAGAUUGGUAGGAGCCUUCUUCCCAACGCCGCCGGUUGUGUUUACAUCUCCUCGUAUUGAUAUGGAGCGGGAAACUAGUUUAUUGGACAGGAAUGUUAUAGUUGGAGCGGGUUCAGAAGUUGUUGUAUAUAAAGAGUGUAAUACAACUAUAGUCCAGAACCCUAGUUUUGAGAAGGAGGUCCAGUUGUGCAGUGUAUCAGGCUGUAUUGAUAAGUAUCUGGCUCGCCCUGCAAAGGUAGUCCGUACAGCUUCUGUUGAUAUACCGAGUGGCAUCACUGCCAGCAAAGAAUCCAAUACAGGAGUUCAUGAGAGUAUUGAUGGUAGUACAAAGAGGGAUGCCCUUAUGACAUCGAAUCAAGCGGAAGAGGAUCUUCAUUUACCUUCACUGAAACAGAUUGAAGCCAUAAUCAUUGAGAGAACUGAUAAAGAUAGUGCAGAUCUAACCCGAGCACAAAAGGGCGAACAGAAUACAUCUAAGGAGUUUAGUCAACACCACCGUGGUAUACGUAGGCAUCUCCAAUUUGAGACUGCGGUAGCCCACAAGAGUUCUAGCUUUGGUAGCCAUGAAACUCUUUGCAGCCUGACACAUGAUACUGCCAAUUUAAGGUCAGCUUUUACACAAACAAACUCGAAGACUCUAGGUUCUUCUCAUUCAUAUCACAAAGCCUUCAGCAGUCCGCAGGGUGUUAGCUGUGACACUUCACAGUUGUCUUCUUGCCUAUAUGAGUCAGCUAGAUCCAGCCAAAUUGGUGGAAACUCUUCCACCUUCCCUCCCAUAUCUUCUGGUAUUGGUUUACAUCUGAAUAGCAUUACUCGAUCUACAUCCUUGAGCUCGGGUGUGAUUUCAAGCAGGAAAUCAACUGGUUGUCUGAGCACACCGGACCAGAUGUUGAAGGAUGACAAUACGGAACACGAUUCAAGUAGUACCUUUCUUUCUGAUGUACCUGCACAAUAUUAUUCUUAUAUGGGCGAUGAUCAGCAAGGAAGUCAAACUUCUGUGCACACUACGUUCAGCUUUUAUUCUAAUAGUGGUCUACCAUAUUUUCCAUGUGAUUCUGUGGGUCAGAUGCUGGUUGACCAGGAAUCAGUUCCUUGUGAGGAGAUGAAUGCUUCACAAGAUGCAAAUAAGAUUGUGGAAUCAAACCAACUGAGCCAGAAAAGGAAAAGGAGGGGAGGUGCAGACAUGAGUGAGGGUUGCAAACGCUGCAACUGUAAAAAGUCUAAAUGUUUGAAACUUUAUUGCGAAUGCUUUGCAGCUGGAGUAUUUUGUUUGGAUUCAUGUUCAUGUGAGAAUUGCUAUAACAAGCCUGAGUUUGAGGACACUGUUUUUGAUGCUCGUCAGCAAAUUGAAUCCCGCAAUCCGCUUGCAUUUGCUCCCAGAGUUGUUAAGCAUGAUCUGAACUCUUCGCCCAACAUUUUGGAAGAAGCUGAGUGGACGACCCCAUCAUCAGCUAGGCACAAGAGAGGUUGCAAUUGCAAGAAAUCAAAGUGUCUGAAAAAAUACUGUGAAUGCUACCAGGCCAAUGUUGGUUGUUCUGGCGCAUGUAGAUGUGAUGGUUGCCAAAAUCCUUGUGGCCUUAAGGCAGACCACGAACACAACCGUGCUGAAAAGUGGGAAACACACCAUGCUGGGAAGCUGGAUACUAUUAAGCGUGGGAGUGAUAACAUCAAGGCCUCAAAUAUGAAUCCGUACUCUCCUUCAUGGUCAGGAGUUUCUGUUAUAAGCAAUCUCGCCCCAUUGUCAAAUCCUUGCUCAAGUACCAUGGUAUCUUCAGCUUUAUCCAGCAUGAGAAGCUGCACAAAAAAUUCACAAGCCCAAUUGCAAUCAAGUAGGCUUCAGCUGUCAGGUACUGGUGACAUAAAAAGGGGACGGUCACCUGCCAUUUUUACUCCACGAGUAUUUGAAAGCAAGGGACCAAAUCAGCUCAGUUCUGAUGGUACCAGUUAUGAAAGAAUGGAUGAUGAUAUACCUGAGUUACUGAAGGAACCUUCUAUCCCUGCCAAGAUUAUCAAAGGUUCACCAAACCAGAAACGAGUGUCACCUCCACAAUCUUGUGCUGAGAAGUUGCGGUCAAGGUCUCCUAAAGGCUUGAGAAGUGGUCGCAAAUUCGUUCUGCAAGCUAUGCCUUCUUUUCCGCCACUUUCCCCAUACAGUGAUUCUGAAGCUGUCAAUGAUACUAGGAACGACCAUGAAGGGCAAUUAGACGACGCACAAGGAGUUUGAUAAGCCAUGAUCAGAAUGCUUUUGCAGUUAAUUAUUGACAAGCAGCUGAGCUUCUUCCAACUUCAUAAGCUCAGCCAAAAAGGCCUAUGGCAGUUCCAAUUUUGAUAGGCUUCAUUUUACUUUUUUUUUAUGAUUCCUUUCCAAGAAAAACCAUACUACCAUAGGCUUGUGUCCAUGGUGACAAUGCGAGUAGUGUAAGUAGCAUUGGUAAUGAUUUUUUUGCCAUGGACAGGAAAGUGCUGCAUUAUUCGUUAUUCUUUUUGGUCUCUGUUCUAU